GGAGCGGCGGGAGCCUGAGGGACCCGCGCUGGGAAACCGCGGGAGCGCCCCGGGAACCCCCGGGAAGCCCCCGGGAGCAGCGCCGGCAUGCCAGGGGCGGCCUCGCGAGUUGCAGUUUCCCCAAGAGUCCAGCCUCGGAUGUAAAGUCUUGACCGUAGUCUCUGCUCUUGACUUCCUCUGCCACCUUGAGCAAGAUUCUUUGGAUUCAGCAAAAGACUUGGGCAUAUUACUGAAUAUAGGCAUUUUUGCCUGUUUGUGAUAGACCCCUCCUUCUAUUCCUGGAGACAGACAUUGUGAAUAGUUGUGAACAUGAUCCGCAUUGCAGCGCUGAACGCGAGCUCCACGGUUGAGGAUGACUAUGAAGGUACCUUCAAAAGCCAUAAAACACAGACCAAGGAAGCUCAGGAAGCAGAAGCUUUUGCUUUGUACCACAAAGCUCUGGACCUUCAGAAACAUGACAGAUUUGAAGAGUCUGCUAAAGCUUAUCAUGAGCUACUUGAGAUUCGUCUUCUGAGGGAGGCAGUUCUUUCUGGUGAUGAGAAAGAAGGGCUGAAACACCCAGGUUUGAUGUUAAAAUACUCCACCUAUAAAAACCUAGCACAACUGGCAGCACAGCGGGAUGACUUAGAGACAGCCAUGGAGUUCUAUCUGGAGGCUGUAAUGCUGGACUCCACCGAUGUCAACCUGUGGUAUAAAAUUGGUCGUGUGGCAAUAAAGCUGAUCCGCCUGCCCUUGGCUCGUCACGCUUUUGAAGAAGGGCUCAGGUGCAAUCCUGAUCACUGGCCUUGUUUGGAUAACCUUAUCACAAUUUUGUAUACACUCAGUGACUACACCACAUGUUUGUACUUUAUCUGCAAAGCUCUGGAAAAAGAUUGUCUGUACAGCAAAGGAUUGGUUCUGAAGGAGAAGAUCUUUGAGGAGCAGCCUUGCCUCCAGAAAGAUUCCUUAAGGAUGUUCCUCAAAUGUGACAUGUCCAUCCAUAAUGUGAAUGUGGGUGCAGCUGAAGCAGGAAGGAUCAUAAAUGAGGCGCUGGAGCUCCGUAAGAAGAGACAAGCGCUGCUGGUGCGCGACAGAGAGCCAGACCUCAGACUGGUGCAGCCAAUUCCCUUCUUCACGUGGAAGUGUUUAGGAGAAGCCUUGCUUGCCAUGUAUCAGCACCUCACAACAUGUGAUCCUCCUCGCCCCAGUCUGGGCAAGAGGAUUGAUCUCUCCGAGUACAGAGACCCAGUUCAACAUCUGAUGCUUUCUCCCACCUCCACUCCUGUCAGUGUGAUUCAGCCAACUCCUGUCAGCACCAAUGCAGUGGUGACAAUGCCAGAUCCUGUAUUGCCUUACACUCCAACCACACCCAACUUCCCAAGUCACAGCCAGAGUUCAUUGGAGCCAGGAGCUCCUGUAGGUGAGCAAGGUGACAUAUCUGCAGGUGAUAAAUCUAAGAAAGGAGUGAAGAGAAGAAGAAUUACAGAAGAUAGUGGUGAAACAGCCAAAAGGAGAUCUGCCAGAGUUCGGAACACCAAGUGUAAGAAAGAGGAGAAGGUUGACUUUCAAGAGCUGCUGGUGAAGUUCCUUCCUUCCAGAUUAAGGAAAUUAGACCCUGAAGAGGAGGAGGACCCUUUCAAUAACUAUGAGGUGCAAUCAGAGAUCAAAGAGGAGAAUUUUCAGCAUCUUGGACCACACAGAAUGUCAUUUGAUUCUACAACAUUUAUGGAGUCUGAAAAACAGGAUGUUCAUGAAUUCCUGCUGGAUAACCUGAACAAUGGUGGAAUCUUGGAGCUGAUGAUGAGAUAUCUGAAAGUCAUCAGCCAGAAGUUCCUGGUGAAGUGGCCUCCUGGCCUGUGUGAGGUGGUGCUCAGUAUCUAUAACAGCUGGAGGAAGCACAGCAGUAGCCUCCCCAACCCGCUCCUGAGGGACUCGAGUAACCAACACAUCAAGGAUAUGAUGAUAAUGAGCCUUUCUUGCAUGGAGCUGCAAUUAGAUCAGUGGCUACUGACAAAAGGGAAGAGUUCUACAGUUUCUCCAAGAAAUUGUCCUGCUGCCUCUGUGAAUGGCAAGUUUGGUCCUGACUUCCCAGGAACUCACUUUUUGGGAGACCUGCUGCAGCUGUCAUUUGCAUCCUCACAGCGAGAUUUGUUUGAGGAAGGCUGGAUGGAGUUUGUCACUCGGGUCUAUUGGCUCAAGGCUCGGUUUCUGGCACUGCAGGGAGACAUGGAACAGGCUCUUGAAAACUAUGAUAUCUGCACUGAGAUGCUGCAGAGCUCCAGCAGCAGCCAGGCUGAGGCUGGCAGUGAGAGCAGCAUCGUGAUCCGCCUGCCCAACCUGCACGUGGAUUCUGUGGUGUCCUUGGAAGAGAUUGAAAAGAACCUAAAAUCCCUGGAGAGAUGCCAGUCUUUGGAGGAGAUCCAGCGGCUGUAUGAGGCAGGGGACUAUAAUGCAGUGGUGCAUCUGCUCAGGCCAACCUUGUGCUUCAAUGGGUAUGGCAGAGCCAAACACCUGGAGUUUGUCACCUCCAUACCUGAGAGACCAGCUCAGCUGCUUCUCCUCCAGGACUCCCUGCUCAAACUGAAAGACUACAAGCAAUGCUUUGAAUGCUCAGAUGUUGCCUUGAAUGAAGCAAUUCAGCAGAUGAUUAAUAUGACAGCACCCUCUGCUAAAGAGGAGUGGGUUGCUACAGUAACACAGCUGCUGACAGGAAUAGAUACUUCAUUAUCCUCAGUUAACAGCAUCCUGAAAGACUCCUCUGUCACACCGAGCCUGGUGCGCUUAACAAACAACCUGAUCCAGAUCAUAGACUGCAGCAUGGCUGUCCAGGAAGAGCCAAAAGAGCCCUAUGUGUCCUCAGUGCUUCCAUGGAUUAUCCUGCACAGGAUCAUCCAGCAUGAGGAAGAUGCUUUUCGGUCCCUUUGCUGCCAGCAGCAGCAGAACCAGGGAGAAGAAGUGAGUCCUGAUACCCCUAUGUUGCCUUCUUCCCUUAUGCUGUUGAACACAGCUCAUGAGUAUUUGGGAAGAAGAUCCUGGUGUUGCAAUUCAGAUGGUGCUCUGCUCAAGUUUUAUGUUCAGGUACUACAGAAAGAACUUGCAGCUUCCACUUCUGAAGAUACUCAUCCAUACAAAGAAGAGCUGGAAACAGCCUUGGAACAAUGUUUUUAUUGUUUAUAUGGUUUCCCUAGCAAAAAAAGCAAAGCAAGGUACCUAGAAGAACAUUCAGUACAGCAGGUUGAUCUGACAUGGGAAGAUGCUUUGUUCAUGUUUGAGUAUUUUAAGCCUAAAACUCUUCCAGAAUUUGAUAGUUACAAAACCAGUACUGUGUCUGCUGAUUUGGCCAACCUUCUGAAGAAAACUGCCACAAUUGUUCCUCGAACUGACAAGCCUAUGCUGAGCCUGGAGACUGUAUCUGCCUAUAUUGAAGGAACAUCCAGCAAGGCUCCAUCUCUCCCUGAGGGUGCAGACUAUUCCCCACCAGUGGUGACUGAGCUCUAUUAUCUCCUGGCAGAUUAUCAUUUCAAGAACAAAGAACAGUCCAAGGCCAUUAAAUUUUACAUGCACGACAUUUGUAUUUGUCCAAACAGGUUUGACUCCUGGGCUGGGAUGGCUCUGGCUCGAGCGAGCCGCAUUCAGGACAAGCUGAACUCCAAUGAGCUGAAGAGUGAUGGCCCCAUCUGGAAACACUCCACCCCUGUGCUGAACUGCUUCAAACGGGCCCUGGAGAUCGACAGCUCCAACCUGUCCCUGUGGAUUGAGUACGGCACCAUCUCCUAUGCCCUGCACUCCUUCGCGUCCCGGCAGCUCAAGCAGUGGAAAACGGAGCUUCCCCCUGAAGUGGUCAAGCAGAUGGAGGAGCGCAGGGACAGCAUGCUGGAGACAGCCAAGCUGUGCUUCACCUCGGCGGCGCGCUGCGAGGGCGACGGCGACGAGGAGGAGUGGCUCAUCCACUACAUGCUGGGCAAGAUAGCUGAGAAACAGAAGCAGCCUCCUGUGGUGUACCUGCUGCACUACAAACAGGCAGGGCACUACCUGCACGAGGAGGCUGCUCGCUACCCUAAGAAGAUUCACUACCACAACCCCCCAGAACUGGCCAUGGAAGCCUUGGAGGUAUAUUUUCGACUUCAUGCUUCUAUUUUGAAACUUGUGGGGAAGCCAGACUCUGGAGUAGAUGCAGAGGUACUUGUUAGUUUUAUGAAAGAAGCUUCUGAGGGACCCUUUGCCAGGGGUGAGGAGAAGAACACCCCAAAAGUUGCAGAAAAAGAAAAGCCUUGCUUGGUAGAUGAAGACUCUCACUCCUCAGCUGGAACAGUGCCAGGCCCUGGGACUUCCCUCCCCUCGUCCUCGGGCCCAGGUCUGACAUCCCCACCUUACACAGCCACUCCAGUUGACCACGAUUACGUCAAAUGUAAAAAACCCCGUCAGCAGGCACCGCCGGACGAGAGGAGUCAGGAUAGCACUGGAGCAGUGCUGUCUGACUCCAGCUCCACACAGGAUAUGUUCAAUGAGCCUGCCAGCUCUCAGGACAGCCUGAAGAAGACUUACACAGAGAAGAGGAUUUCUGCUACCUGUGCUGAUACACUGGUGCUCAGCAAAGAGACCCUGGGAUCUGCAGAGGAGAAGGGAAAAUCAGAGGAGCUGCUGGAGAUCUCCGUAUCUUACGAUCCUACAGAGCCUCCUGCCCAGAAGCUGCUGCUGGACCCUCAGUGUGCUCCUGGCAAUGGCCUCAGAGCUGCCAUGGCCCCAGGCUCACAGUGGGACUGCAAGAAGAAGGCUGAGCCUUGUGCAGAGGAUGCCUGUGAGUUCCCCCAGGGCCUCCCCGCAGACCUGGAGGAGCAGCGCAAGUUCCUGACGGAGCAGUGCAUCUCCUCCUUCUGCCUGUGCCUCAGCCGCUUCCCCCAGCACUACAAGAGCCUCUACAGGCUGGCCUACCUCUACACCUACAGCAAAACACACAAGAACCUGCAGUGGGCCCGGGACGUGCUGCUGGGCAGUGGGGUGCCCUGGCAGCAGCUGAAGCACAUGCCUGCACAGGGCCUCUUCUGUGAGAGGAACAAGACCAACUUCUUCAAUGGCAUCUGGCGCAUCCCCGUGGAUGAGAUCGACCGGCCGGGCAGUUUUGCCUCUCAUAUGAACCGCUCCAUCGUGCUGCUGCUCAACGUGCUCUCCCAGCUGAGGGACUACAGCACCCUGCUCAAGGUCUCCUCCAUGCUGCAGAGGACCCCUGAUCAGGGAAAGAAGUACCUGCGUGAUGCCGAUCGCCAGGUGCUGGCCCAGCAAGCCUUUGUGCUCACAGUGAAGGUGCUGGAGGACACUCUCAACGAUCUCACCCAGGUUUCAGAGGAUCAGGGUUCCAAGUCUUCUAGCCUUGCUUCAGGAAGGAUGACAACAGACGUGUCCAAUAAAAGCAGUGCUGAAGAGGGGAAGGAUGUGCUCCCCAAAAAGGCCGUUCUGUCAGAUGGAGCAGUGCAUGGUACUGAAAAUGGAGUGAAGGAAGCCACCCAGGGACAAAUCCCCCAUGCUAUGGACAUAUUGGAGCAGGAGGACAGGAGUGACAAGGAGAUUAAAGAGCUUCCUGGCCUUGGCUCAGCUGAGCCCAUGGAUCUUGAUGGCUUUUCCAAUGACCCUGACAAAAUUGAUUCUUCCUGUAAGCGCGGCGAGCCGGAGCGGCUGCAGCCCGGCCGGAGCUCCAAGGACAGGGCUCCCGAGAGCAGGACUCCAGAACUUUCCUUGGAGGAGCUCAGCAUCAGCUCAAAACACCAGCAGCAGGCAGCUAAAGGAACAAUUCAAGCAGCACCUACAGAAGAACCUGUCCAGAGGUCAAGCAGGAAGAGGAAAUUACUUGAGGAUGUGGAGUCUGGAAAAACUCUUCUGCUCGAUGCUUAUCGAGUGUGGCAGCAGGGCCAGAAAGUUAUGGCCUAUGACCUGGGCAAAAUUGAGAAGAUCAUGUCUGAAACAUACAUGCUGAUUAAACAGGUGGAUGAAGAAGCAGCACUCGAACAGGCAGUCAAGUUUUGCCAGGUGCAUAUGGGAGCAUCAGCACAGAAACAGGCCACAGGAGAAGCGCCCACAACCCCAAAGCACCCGAAGGACACCCGGGAGAGCUUCUUCCCAGUAGCCCCAGCCACACUGCAUCCCACCCCAGUGAAUGCAGACACUGUGACUCCUGAAAACCUCCUGAGACUGAACGAGCUGCAUUCCAAAUCCAAGCCAGCCUCCUCCUCUUCAUCCUCCUCAUCCUCGGCGUGCUCGGUGCCGCCGGAGCCGCAGCGGGAGCCGGAGCAGCCGCGGGGCCAGGGCACAGAGGCUGCCCCCAGCAUGGGGGAUGCUGCUCCUGAGGAAGAAGAGCUUGAAGUGCCUUUGGAGGGGCUUGGAUUCCAGCAGCAGGAGUCCCGGCUUUGUCAGCAGAUGAAAAUGGCGACGGUCGCGCCACCGCCAGAGCCUGUGUGCUGGCACGUGGAGCCCGUGCCCAGCACAAAUUCAGGACAUGUUUGUACCCCAGCCUCCAGUUCCAAGCCUGAACUCAGCUCCAGUUCACAGACUUUGGGAAGUCAGCAGAACAAGACAGAUGGCACCCGAGUAAAAACUCGCAUUCUGCCCAACAUGCCAAAGCUUUUCAUACCUUCAUCUGUCACCAAAUUUCCACCUGAGAUCACUGUCACUCCACCCACUCCCACCCUCCUUUCUCCAAAGGGCAGCAUUUCAGAAGAGACCAAGCAAAAAUUAAAGUCUGCUAUUUUGUCUGCUCAGUCUGCAGCGAAUGUAAAGAAGGAGAGCCUUUGUCAGCCAGCUUUGGAAAUCUUAGAGACCUCAAGCCAGGAGUCCUCACUGGAAAGUGAUACUGAUGAAGAUGAUGACUACAUGGACAUAUGAAUGAAUUCUGGCCAUCAUCAACACCAACCACAUAACCAUUCUUCUUGUUGCCAGCAUCUCUGGAAGUUGAAACAUCUUCAUUGGCAUUACUCUCCAUCUAAUUGGCAUCAUUGUGUUCUUCACUUUCAUUCCCUUUGUUAUCACCACAGCCACUUGUAUUGCCUUCAGACUCUUGGCCAUUCUCCCCAUCAUGGUGCUUGACAGAAAGAAUGAUUGGUUGUUUACCAGGCAGUUGGUAAAUCUGGAUCACACUGUCACCAGGAACUUCAGUAAACACAAGGAUGUUUUGAGCUGCAGUUCUUCUCUCUCUACUGUUCCUGCUUCUCCAAACCAGAGCCUUGGGAGUUGCUCCAGUAGCUCUUUCCUUUAGUGUUUUCCUCCUUUUAGUUGUCUUGUAUUUUCCCCCUCUAGCUAAGUUUUUCUCCCAGUAAUUCAGCAACCUGAUGUCUGUCUAACCAUGCCAUGAUUAAUCCAACAGCUCUUUCUAAGGUGAAUGGAAUAGGAAAAAUUUGCUGAGCUGGUAGAGAUUUUAAUUGCAUCGAGAAAAUCUGUGGCUUUGUCAUGGGGCAAGGAAGGUGAGCUGAGGGUCUGUCAGCUCCUUCACACUGCUGGGGGCUUGGCUGGAAUUUGACUCUUUCAAAUAGACAAAAGAAGCAGCUUUUCCAGGCAACAGAGAGGGUGGUCUCCUGUUUGUGCUCAUUUCACACCAAUGUAUGAGGUCCAGCAAAAUUUAUCUACCUGAAUGUUGGCUUAAAGAACUGAUCUUUCCAGAAUUGUCUUACAGUCCUUUCUCUUCUAAUGCCUUGGACAAGCAUUUUGAAUUGGGGGCUAGAUGAUAUUUUUAUGGUGGUAUUGAAAAAAAAAAAAAAAACUUGGAAGAUUUCAGUACCAUUUCAGUAAUGUCUGUUUUUUACAGAAUGACACGAAAAGGUGUUUUUUAUCUAUCUGCAGAGGGACUGCUCACAGUUAUUUAUAUGAGAAAAUAAUGGUAACAAAAAUCCUUUUUUUUUUUUUUCUACUGAAUGUUAACUUUGUAAAAUAAUGAAUGCAAACCAUGCAAAAAAAAGACGUCACACACUAUAUAUACACUGCGUGCUCCCACACACACAUAUAUAUAUGUGUAUGUACAUAUAUAUAUGUCUGUACAUGAAAACAGAAACUGCAUACAGCUUGCAAUGUCGGAUUUCUUUGUGUUUGGGGGGUUGGUUUUCUGUAAAAUGCAGAGCUUUGUAUAAACUUUUGGGUUUCUUUUCUAAUAAAGUUGAAAUGCA